UACAGCCACAACAACAUCGUCGACACGCGCGGGCGAGCGCCCUGCGGGGUCUGAGUGUUUAUUUUAUUUUGUAUAGUCCAGAGCAGGAUGACGGCAAGCGUGGACCUCAGCUCGUACAGGGACCAGCACUUUAAGUUGGGUUCGCGUUCAGAUCAGGAGCGUCUGUUACGCAACUCCACCACACUAUACGUUGGCAACCUGUCCUUUUACACCACCGAAGAGCAGCUCUAUGAAUUGUUUGGGCGUGGAGGAGAUGUAAAACGCAUUGUUAUGGGCCUUGACAAAUUUAAGAAGACACCAUGUGGCUUCUGCUUUGUUGAAUAUUUCACCAGAGAGGACGCUGAGAUGUGUAUGCGUUAUAUCAAUGGAACUCGGUUGGAUGAUCGUAUAGUACGAACUGACUGGGAUGCUGGCUUUAUUGAAGGACGACAGUAUGGCCGAGGCAAGAGCGGUGGUCAGGUCCGCGAUGAGUAUCGAACAGAUUACGACAGUGGGCGAGGCGGUUAUGGAAAAAUUGUCCAGCAAAAGAUCCUCCCAAAAAUACCAUAAACUGAUACUUUUUAUGUUGAAUGGAGAAGUGAGGAAUAUGUAUAAUACAGUAUAUACAGUAUACCCCGGAAACUGAGUGACUCAAGUCAAAAUGCAUAAAGGAAGUAUGUAUAGUACGCUACUUCUAGAAUUGGUUAGGCCCCCAUUAACAUAAAGAUGAACUAUGUUGGUAACAAUUUGCAAUGAACUUGAUGUUUCUCCUAUGUGAGGCGGUUAUGGAAAAAUUGUUUUCUCUGUGAUCUCUGUGUUUCUUGUAGUAAAUGGAUUUUUAAAACACUGUGUUUUCUUGUAGUAAAUGGAUUUUCUUAUUGAAAAUAAUGUACACCAUUACAUUAUUUUUAGUUACCUGGACAGUUAUGCUGGGUAAUAUUUUGAUGAUAUACAAAAUUUAUUUGCAUUUUUAUAUAUACACAAAUUUGGAAAUUGCUCUUUUUAAGUUGGAGCAUCAGAGAUGAUGCAUGUGACUGGUGAUUUCAAGCUAGAAGUGACCUAUGUAUAUUUGGUAUAGCCUAAUCUUUUUAUUUAGAUCACUACUGGUAUUUUGAGUAAAUGGUAAUGUUGACAAGAAUGUACUGUAAACUUUUAUGAAGUUUAAAGUUUUGUAUUCUAAACAGAACAAAUUGUGUUGUCAGGUAUUAUUUCAUUUUAUGAACUAGAUUAUUCUAGAUUAUAUUAUAUUUAUUAUAAAGGAA